GACAUGUUACUUCAAAACUUAGGCGGAAAUAUAAGCUCUUCAUCUUUGUUUUCAUCAAAAUUUGUAGCUCAAAAAUACUCGAUUUCAGUCCAGUUCAGUUAUUCUAUUUAUUUUUUUUUUUUUUAAAACCUUCCUGGAAUUCUUAGAAAGAUAAUUAACGUGCACGAGUGGAGAUUUUAGAUGCGUUUGAAAUCGAGCCGCUGGACUACUGUAGUUGACUUUCGCCUUGAAAGCGAGAUGGAUAGUGUGAAUGUAUUAAUCUUAUCACGCUAUCAAAGUAAUAUUAUCCAGUUCGGCCAAUAGAGGCGCAGUGGCGUUAACUUCGUUCUCUCUUUCAAGUUCAGUCGAAUCAAGUUAUAAUCUUAGAUAAAGACAAAAUCUUGUUUUUUCUUCGUUUUUCUUCCGCGACAGACAACAACGAUUCAGAUAGGAUCGCAUGAAUCUGCGCGCAAUGGAUUAUGGUCAUUUCUUAUUCACAAGUGGAAAAAGAGAGAUGAAAAGAGUUUGAAGAAACACUAGACGAGAUGACGAGAAAACCCUCAAACAAUAAAAAUUAUGAAUAAAAUGCAUUGGUAGAAACUACAAAAAUAUACAGACGUCAAAUUACCUUGCCGGAUAACAGAAACAAAGAUGUAACCUAGGCUUAUCAUCAUCGAAGUACGUCUGGUCAAAAGUUGACUUAGGUUUUACUGUUCAACUGGUUCACUCCAACGAACACGAUAUGGCAGCUGAUAAUCUCUUUAGGGACAUACUACACACUAGAUCAGUCCAUACAUAAAGCUAUGCAUGUUUACUGCUGAGAGAAUAUAUUCUGUCAACGUAUCUGAUUAUAAGGGGAAAACUACUUUGUUUUGUGCUGUUCAAUAAAGUAACAAUGUAACAGCUGUUCGUGCAAUGAUGGAUGCUGGUGCUUAUGUCAACACAACUGAUAAUGAGGAGAAAACUGCUUUGUUUUAUGCUGUUCAAGACAACAAUGAACGUAUGGUCCGUGCAUUGAUCGAUGCUGGUGCUGAUAACAUAACUGAUAAUGAGGGGAAAACUGCUUUGUUUUAUGCUGUUCAAGACAACAAUGAAAGUAUGGUCCGUGCAUUGAUCGAUGCUGGUGCUGAUGUCAACACAACUGAUAAUGAGGGGAAAACUGCUUUGUUUUAUGCUGUUCAAGAAAACAAUGAAAGUAUGGUUCGUACAUUGAUCGAUGCUAAUGCUUUUCUAAACACAUGUGAUAUUGAAAACAAAACUGCGCUCAUUCAUGCCGUAGAUAACAGCAAAGAAGCAGCAGCAGUUGCAUUAAUCAAGGCUGGGGCUGAUGUAAACAAGAGUGAUAAAAUGUUAAGAACUUGUUUGAUUUAUGCCGUUAUAAAUGAAAAUGAGUACUUGACUAACACACUGAUUGAAGCAAAGGCCGAUGUCAACGCAAUUGACGUCAACAUUAAAACUGCCUUGAUCCAUGCCGUCUACAAUGAAAAAGACGUUUUGCUACGUGCUUUGAUUCAAGCUGGUGCUAAUUUGAAUAUACGCGACAUUGACGAAAAAACCGCCCUUAUAUGUGCGAUUGAAAACAGUAACGUUGAAGCAGCCAUCGCAUUAAUUGAAGCUGGUGCUGAUUUGAAUAUACGUGACAAGUGGUUGAAAACCGCUAUGGCUCAUGCUGUUCUGUGUGAUAACGAACAGUUGGUUAGUGCACUGAUUGCUAGAGGAGUGAACGUCAACGCAUCUGAUAGAGACAAAAGAAGUGCCCUGACCCUUGCGGUUCUUCAAAAAUCAGAAAAUAUCGCUUUGAAAUUAAUUGACGCUGGAACUGAUGUCAACUUAGCUGAUAAGGACAAAAAAACUCCUUUGAUUUAUGCAGCUGAAAAUGAAUAUAAUUAUUUGUGCUUUUCCCUCGUUGAUGGCCAAGCUGCAGAUAAGAGCAGGAUUUGCUCGAUUGACGCCGUUGCUGAUAAUUUUCAAAAGUUUAUCUGCAAAUGUUUUCAAUUGACUGAUAACAUUCCCGAGGAUAUUUGGCUAUCCAGUGUGACCGAGGAAUUAAAUGAGAGUGAAAGAGAGAAGGUUGAUGAACCAAACGAGGCUUGGCUUCAAGCUUAUAGAAAUGUUCGGUCCUAUUGCCAUGAAUGGGAAAGGGUUCUGAUUAACGCUAUUCAAGAUGACAAGCAGGUGGUCAGCAAUCUUGUACACCAGGGUUCGAGUUUCAUAUUUUCUAAUUAUGAAUUUAAAGUUGCAAUCACUUGCACUGCAAUUCUAGAACAUGAUAUGAUCGUUCAGGGCAACUCUAGCUUAAGUGAGCGACAAAAUAAAGGGUUAGUUUGGAUUGAAGAUUUUAUAACAAGAAUAACCAGCAAUGAGCGAAAACCUGCGCUGAUUGAAUCGCUACUUAAAGCAGGAGCAGAUGUAAAUCAAACGGACAUUGAUGGUAAAAGUGCUUUCAUUCGUGCUCUCCAAAAGGGGAAGAAACACUUGGCCAAUAUACUGAUUCAUCAUGGAGCUAAAGUAAACAUUUUCGACAAAACUGGACGAACGGCUCUAAUUUAUGCCGUUAAAAAUAACGAAUCUAGAGACAUGGUUCAGUCACUGAUCAAAGCUGGCGCUGAGAUAAAUCACACUGAUAAUAAAGGCAAAACUGCUUUGUUUUACGCCGUUCACAAUGAAGACUAUUCCCUGACUCAAGUGCUUAUAGAAGCUGGGGCAGACGUGAACUUAACAGAUGCCUCGUCUAAAUCUGUUUUGAUUUAUGCAGUUGAAGAUGAAAAAGAAUGGCUGGCAAGUAAAUUAAUUGAGAAUGGUGCAGAUGUCAACAUAACAGACAAAAAAUGCAGAACUCCUUUAAUGUAUGCUGUCCAAAAUGAAACGGAAUAUUUAGCUCGCGCGCUAAUUAAAGCUGGUUCUGAUGUUAAUGCAAGUGACAAUGAGUUUAAAACAGCUCUCAUCCAUGCGGUUGAAUAUAAAAACAAACGUCUGGCUACUUUCCUGAUUUCGCAAGGAACUGCUGUAAACCUGACUGACAAUGAGUGGAAAACCGCGUUAAUACAUGCUGUGAAAGACAAUGAAGAGAGUGACUUGGUCCAUGCUCUUAUUACAGCUGGAACUGAUGUCAAUACCAUUGACAAAGAAGAAAAAUCUGCUUUAAUCUAUGCUGUCCAAAACGAAAACAGAACCUUAACAACUGCAUUGAUUAAAGCUGGUACUGAUGUCAAUAUCACUGACAAUCAAGAGGCAACAGCUUUAAUAUACUCUGUACAAAACAAAAAUAAAUUUUUGGCCAAUAAGUUGAUAGAAGCUGGGUCUGAGAUAAACUUUGCAGAUUCCAAGAAAAAGACUGCCUUGAUUUAUGCUGUCCAGCAUCAGUUGGAAGACAUAACCGUUAGCCUAAUUGAAGCUAAAGCCAACGUUAAUGAUGCUGACGAUGAAGGGAAAACGGCUUUAUUUUAUGCUGUUCAAAAUGAAUUUCUAGUUUCUACUUUAAUGAAGGCUGGUGCUGAUGCAAAUAUCAAUGACAAUCAUUCCAGAACGCCAUUGUUUUAUGCUGUUGCAAACGAGUUUGUUGUUCGCCGAUUGGUUGAAGAUGGUAAAUGUGUUGUCAACUCGAGAGAUGUUUAUGGCCGAACUCCACUUUGCUAUGCUUUGACAACAUCUCUUUCAUCAUCACAUUAUUUACUUGGCAAAGGAGAGGAUAUUGAUUCCAAAGAUUUUUUCGGUCUAAGUAACUUGUCAUUUUUUAUUGAUUAUUUCUUGUUGAGAAAAAUAGACAAAGAUUACCUGAGUGAAGGGCUCAAGUUUUUUGUUGCACAAGAAGUGUCUUUUAAUACAGUGUUUAAAACUAUAAUCAAUGCAAUAUUUUGUAAGAUCCUGUCAUCUAACUUGGUGUUGUCGCCUGCUUUUGAUGCAGUGGUGUUUGCAAGGCAAUACGCAGCAGAUGGCAACAUUAAAGCCACUCAUGAUGAUGUCGUGCUCCAAAACAUUCUGAAGUUAAUGAGAGAGGAAUCUUUAUACCAGAAUUGCACAUGGGAAUCCCAAGUACCAAAAGUUCUCCCUCUCUUAAUUGCGUUAGGUGCCAAUCCAAACAGUGUGGACUCAGAUGGAAACACUGCUCUUCAUUAUGCAGCUUGCCUGCCAUUCAUGGGCGUCUCUCAAGAAACAGUAAUUAAAAUCUGUUUUCAGCUUCAGGAGUUCGAAGUAUUAUUCAAUAUCAAGAAUCACCAGGGCGAAACACCGCUUCUCUUUUGCUUACGAAGAGAAGUUGAUUUGAUAAACAUUCAAAAGGAAAAAAAAAUACUGGUAGACGUUGAAGAACUGGUAUACGUAUUGACGUUUCUACUAGAACAUGGGGCAAGUGUGGAAGAGACAACUUCAGACGGACAGUCGAUUUUACAUUUGGUUUUGAAACUUUUUCAUCAAGGACUCCGUAGUCUCAAAGGUACGAAAGAAAGAAAUAUUUUGGAUGAAGCCUUACGAUUGUUCAACUUGUUUGCUUCUGCAAAAAGAAUAAAAGGUAUUACAGUUAAUAGAAGAGGGCAUAAUCUCAUCUCUCCUCUUCAUCUGUGGGCAUCACUCACGCUAAACUCAGAACAAGGGUAUGGUCAAACCAUCUGGAAAUCAGUUGAACUACAAAGAAGUCCUAACGAUGACCCAGGGUACGAGAAAAUGACCAUGGAUACUCUGGAUUUUAAGAAGCUCUCAAAAAAAAUUUUCCAAAAUCUUCUGAAAUACGGAGUACGGCUGAACGACCGAAAUGCCAAGGAGGAAACACCUCUUCAUUUAUGCAGAAGCUGGACUGCUGUUGAACUACUAUUGGAUGCUGGAGCGAACCCAAAAGAUGUGGAUGAAUUUGGACGUCCGCCUCUGCUUACUGCCGCAAAAAAAAGAAAUUUUGGCCAAAAUUCAUCUUGUUUUUAUCCAGAUAUAUCCAAAGAAUUCGAACCAGAGGCGUUUUGGAUUACUGCUCUCAAGAAAGGACUCGAUCCAUGGACUGUGGACAAGAAUGGAGAAUCUGUUCUUAGUAUUCUCAUUGCUUCAGAGGCUUUCCUUCUUGCUAAGGCUUUGCUCGAAGUAGCAAUCAAAAAGAAGUACAUUCAGUCAAACACGAUCGCACUUUCCCUUUUAAAUGCCAUUUGUAAAGAUGAUUCCACACGAGCACACUGGAAGAGCACUCUUGUGAAAAUGAUUUUAGAGUCAAGAAAAUUUCCAGUUGCUGUAGAAAGUGAACAAGAUACACCACUUCAUUAUUGCUGCAGAAAUAUCGUAAGAAACCCAGAGGAAUCAUCUGUUCAUUGGACGAUUGCCAAACUCCUUCUUGCAAGCGGAGCAGAUUAUCAAAUAUCUAAUAAAGCUGGCAAAACUUGUCUUGACAUUGCAAAUUCACACCCUGGAUUAAAGGAAUUUCUGGAAAAACCAAUUAACAUUGACGAUGUUCCUUUACUGAUUCCUUGGUUGACAGUUUCUAAAAGAUACCAGCCGAUACUGGCAAAAACUGCACGGAGACAAGAGAGCUGGCAUGUUGAACCAUACUGGUGUCACGAAGAGCAUUUGGCGAGUGGUUCAUUUGGACUUGUUUUUGCAGGAAUCAACGAGAAAGAUGGCAGAGAAGUUGCCAUUAAACGAACUGAAAAACAGCGCAUGAAACGGCGAGAAGACAAAAGAGAAAUACAAAGUCUAACUGCUCUUGCCAACUGCGAACAAGUCGUUCGCUAUUUGUCUUUUUCUGAAGACGAACACUUUUGUUACGUAGUCUUAGAACUGAUGGAGGGGAAUCUUGAUGAUUAUCUUGAAAAUAAUUAUAGUGAACCAGAAACACUCAGACUUUGCAAGGAUAUUGUAAAGGGACUGCAAUUUUUGCAUGAGCAUAGCAUCCUUCAUCGCGAUCUCAAGCCAACUAACAUUCUAUACCGAUGUCAUCCCAAACUUUGCUUGAAAAUUGCCGAUUUUGGUCUAAGUCGUCGCAUAGAUAGCACUGGCUCAUCUUCAGUGUAUGGUCCUAAUGUUGGCACUAGAUGUUGGAUUGCUCCAGAAGUGUUGAGAUCUGACACUGGUCACUCCAAAUCAUCGGACAUAUUUGCUUGUGGUCUUGUUCUUCAUUACACUUUCUCAGGGAAAACACAUCCCUUUGUCUCGACCUACUGUGAUAUCAAAAAUAUUUCAGAGGCUGAAGACAACAUAUUGAAUGACAACAAGGAAGGAUGGAAUGGCAAUCUCAGUCCUGAAGCUGCCCACCUUAUUGAGCGAUUACUACUAAAAGAAGCAAUCGAACGGCCAACUGCGACAGCUGCACUAGCUCAUCCCUUUUUCUGGCCAAAAAAGAAAAAGCUGGAUUUUCUCAUUGCUGUUGGCAAUCAACAGGAAUUUGGAUUCUCACGUGCUAAGAGGACUCUUCUGACUGCAUUAGAGACUGAGUUGGAGGCAAGGUUUGGUACUAUAGUCAAGUAUGUGAAAUGGAAUAACCCAGGUUAUGCACACAUGCCUGCCAUUUACACCGAAAUGACAAAAAGAAGAACAUACCAAACGAACUCUGUAGUAGAGUUGGUACGUUUCAUACGAAAUGCAUACGCACAUGUGACUGAAUUACCAAAUUUAAUUCAAGAUCAGUUGUUGAAAGACUUUGUGUUCUUUGAAUAUUUUCCAAAUCUUGUGAUUGAAGUCUACAAGGCUGUAACCACUCAUGGAUGGGAUCAGACGAGAGAAGAGAUUAGGUAUUUCUUAAAGAAAUAAGUAGAUAUCAAGCUCGUAGUUUAAAAUCUGUUCAAAGAAUAGACUAUGAAUUCAUUUAUUUUUUCAUUGGUUAAUAAUACGAUGAAGGAAGGGUCGAAAUUUUGGCCAUUUCGAUAAUAUAGUUUAGGAACAAGAUAACGCUAAUUUUCUGUGAGAAUCCAAACAACUUUACCCAUAUACUUUYUUAGUAACAAUAGAAUUUCGUAGCGAUGAGGAAACAAUAUGAAGGAUUAGUAUAAAUACACAGGUAAUUAUGGAAAAUCUCGCUCGCUGGUUUGGUCGAGAAACUCAGAUUAUCACACGAUAUUUUACACUAGGUGAUUUAGUACCGUAAAAAACCGGUUUUGAAAACUAGUUUUUUAAGAAUAUUCGUUUUGAAGCCUUUUUUGGGAAAAAGUUACCUCAGUUGGAUAAUAAAUAACUUAUAUCGGACUCGACAAAAUACAGCAGACUCAAAAAAACAUCCACCCGUUUCACCCUAAAAUGCCUAAUAAGAUAUAUAUAGUCCUCUCUACUUUGGGUGUAAUGUUUUCCUAUUUCAACUUGGGAAAGACAUCCUCUUAUUUUAAAAUCCAAUUAUAAACUAGUCUCCUCUGCAGCCGUAAAUAGUUUAGGCUAUUUCAUAUAGUUUCAAUAUUUUCAAGAUGGCGGCGAAAACGAGAAAGACUGUGGACGAGUAUUUUGGUUCCCAAAGCACGCUGAGUCCAUGUUUUCGGGACCCAUAAGUCCUUUCGGUCAUUGUACCGUUACAGUCUCUAAGCGUGGACGGAACGGACGAGCGAGAGACUGUGGAAGAGUCUAUAAAUAGUUUCGCUCCCAGAUCCUCAUGGGCUCGUGAGAGAAGGCCCGUGAGGAUCUGAGACCGAAAGUAAUGACAGCUGCAAAGGACAUUAGUUGUAAACAAUACGCAACAAAUCGACUCUAUCAUUAUAAUAUUUUGGGAUAAAACCAGUUAGAAUUUCAAUAUAUCCCAAUAUCGGAUUUGGCCUAUUCGAUAGUGUUUUAGGAUCUAACGAAAUACUAAUGUUACGUGAAUAUUCAAACCCUCGUAGCUACAUAAUUUGGUAAUAUUAGCAAUAUUUGUAGUGCUGAGGCAAUAGUGUCAGAAAAUAAUUAAUUUUAAACAGUCACAAACUGAUUGUAGAGUGCACGCACUAAACCCGUGAAACAAAUACUAACUUUUAGUACUAAAUGGUGAUAAAUAAACAAUAGAAAACAAAGGAUUC